AUGCCGGCCCCUCAACAAAGCUACGACAUGCUGGCAAAGAUGUUGCUGAUUGGUGACUCUGGCGUCGGCAAGUCGUGCCUCCUCCUGCGAUUCUGCGACGACGCCUGGACGCCCAGUUUCAUCACCACCAUCGGAAUCGACUUCAAGAUCCGUACGAUCGAGCUCGAGGGGAAGCGGAUCAAGCUGCAGAUUUGGGACACGGCGGGUCAGGAACGGUUCCGCACGAUCACGACGGCGUACUAUCGCGGCGCGAUGGGUAUCCUCCUCGUCUACGACGUGACCGACGAGCGGAGCUUCAACAACAUCCGGACGUGGCACCAGAACGUUGAGCAGCAUGCGUCUGAAGGGGUCAACAAGAUUCUGAUUGGCAACAAGUGCGACUGGACGGACAAGAAGGUCAUCUCGGAGCAACAAGGGCAAGAACUCGCAGACGAGCUCGGCUUGCGCUUCCUCGAGACGUCGGCAAAGAGCAACAUCAACGUCGAGCAGGCCUUCUUUGCGCUGGCGAGCGACAUCAAGGCUCGCCUGCUCGACACGGCAACGGGCGCAGCGGGCGCAGGUGGCGCAGCGGCGGGUUCGGCAGGCUCGAACAGCGUCGGACUCGGGAGCGGUCAGGGCAACGCGGAGAACAAGAGCGGGUGCUGCUGA